GAAGCAAAGGAGAAAAGCCUCCAAUCAAAAUCACAAACGCUUAUGCAACAUAUCAUUGAUAACCAUCCUGACAUGGCUACUGCUUUGCUAGCUGGAGAAAAACUGAGGGAAUUGAUCCUGCCGGGGCCGCAGGAUGAUAAGGCUGGUUCUUUGGCAGCUCUCAUGGUCCAGCUCAAACUGGAACUGCCCUUUGACCGAGUGGUUACUAUUGGCACAGUUCUUAUCCCCAUACUCCUUGUAACCUUGGUCUUCACCAAAAACUUUGCUGAGGAACCUAUAUAUUGCUAUACACCUCACAACUUCACCCGUGACCAAGCAUUAUAUGCCAGGGGAUAUUGCUGGACAGAACUUAAAGAUGCACUUCCAGGUGUGAAUGCCAGCCAAUGGCCUUCAUUGUUUGAACACAAGUUCCUGCCAUAUGCUCUUCUGGCCUUUGCUGGAAUCAUGUAUAUUCCUGCCCUAGGAUGGGAGUUCCUUGCCUCUACAAGAUUGACUUCAGAAUUGAACUUUCUACUUCAAGAAAUUGACAAUUGCUACCACCGAGCGGCAGAAGGAAGAGCACCUAAAAUUGAAAAACAAAUUCAAUCAAAGGGUCCAGGUAUUACAGAAAGAGAGAAGCGUGAGAUUAUAGAAAAUGCAGAGAAGGAGAAAAGCCCUGAACAAAACCUAUUUGAAAAAUAUCUAGAAAGACGAGGUCGAAGUAACUUUUUAGCUAAGCUUUACCUAGCAAGACAUUUGCUCAUUAUAUUUUUAAGCAUCAUGCCACUUACUUACUUAAGUAUUUAUUAUGCUACUCAGAAGCAGAAUGAGUUUACAUGUGUACUAGGAGAGCCCCAUCUAAAAACCAGUAACUCAAAAUUGCAUACAAGGGUAAACUGCAAGUUGCCAUCUGUUCAGCUUCAAAGAAUUAUUUCUGCAGUGGAUAUUUUUCUUCUUAGUUUGAUGAACUUAAUAAUCCUUAUAAAUUUAAUACACCUCUUCAUUGUAAGAAAGUCCAAUUUUAUUUUUGACAAAUUAAAUAAAGUUGGCAUAAAGACUAAGAAGCAAUGGCAAAAAUCCCAAUUUUGUGAUAUAAAUAUUCUAGCCUUGUUUUGUAAUGAAAACCGUGACCAUAUAAAAUCUUUAAAUCGCCUUGAUUUCAUAACCAAUGAAAGUGAUCUUAUGUAUGACAAUGUGGUUCGCCAACUACUUGCAGCAUUAGCUCAGUCUAAUUAUGACACUACACCAACAAUGCGAGAUUCUGGGAUGCAAACUGUAGACCCCAGUCUGGACCCAGCAGAUAUUGAUGUCAAUGAACAGCUUGUUAUAAAGCGACCUAGAAAGAAAAUGAAGUGGAUCCCAAGUAGCAACCCUUUACCCCAACCCUUCAAGGAACAAUUAGCCAUAAUGAAGGUUGAAAAUAGUAAGCCGGAAAAGCCAAAGCCAAUGCGGAGGAAAACUACUACAGAUACCUUAAUUGCUCCACUUAUAGAAGCUUCUUCCAAAUCUUCUCCCCAGCCUUCAUGUCAAAAGAGUGAUACCAGCACCAUGUCAAGCAUCUUCAGUGAAAAGAAACAUUCUCGCCAAUUCUCCUUAGAUGUUCAACCAUAUGUUCUUAGCAAUAAAAAGGCCAAACCAGAGACACGGGAAAUGGCUCCUAUUGCGACAUCUGAAAGCCAAGAUUACAUUUUCUUAAGCCAAAAUGAAGGUGUGAUGGCACCGGUGUCAGCCUCUAUCAAAGAUGCAUCGAAGGCUACUAAAAUUAUUGAGAAAGAAAACCAGCCAUUAUCUGAAAGCUGUACAGAUGUUUCAGUAUCUGGGACAUUUCUUACUUGUGGCGGUCACAUGGUGAGCACCGCAGUUUCCGUAUCAAGUGUUACCCUCAGUCAGUUGAAACCUGAGCCAAUGAGCGUAUUUAACCGUAACCCAACUCAUCCUUUGCUCCAUGUAAGCACUUUAUAUGAGGAUAGCGAGGACCAGGUUACUACUUUGAUAAACAAGGACCACUCCUCUCCUGACUCAGCAGAUAUCAUUUCAGUCAUACCACCAAAGCAAGUCUUGUUAGCCCCUUAUGAAGAGCCAAGGGCCAUAAUAAGUUCGGUGGACUAUUAG